GAGGAGAAUAGAGGGACAGCAGGAGCAAAGUCCCUGCUUUUUUUCCCUCCAGUGCUCCCUCACUCCUUCUCUUCCACCAACUCCAGGUUGAGAACAACAGGAUGCUGUUCCUCAGCUCUUUAGCCACUCUCCUCCUGCUGCUUCUUCUCUACGCCGCUGAGCUGUCUGCGCAGGAGGUGCAAGUGCGGCUUGCAGGCAGUCGCAAAGUCAACGAAGGGCGUCUGGAGGUGUUGUACAACGGCGUGUGGGGCACGGUGUGUGACGACCAGGUGGAUCUGAACCUGGCUAACGUAGUGUGCAGACAGUUGGGCUUUCAACACAGUUUCACCUGGGCGCCCAGUGCCAGGUUUGGCCAGGGACAAGGUCAGAUCUGGUUGGACAAUGUGAACUGCAGAGGCAGUGAGCUCUCUAUUGCAGAAUGUGGCUCCAAUGGUUGGGGAGUCCACGACUGCACCCACGUUGAGGACUUGGGGAUCAUUUGCAGCCCAGAAAGAAGGCCUGGUUUCUCCUCUGCUUCAGGAGGAGAGGCUCAUUCCUCCUCCAGAAAUGAGCCAAGACAAUCAAGGCAGGAGUCAGGGAACCCACCACCACCUCAAGCCCCUUCUCACAUUCCCUCUUCUUAUGGCCGAGGUCACGAGAUCGCACUCCAUCGCAACCCACCCACUUCCCGUCGCAACAGGAUCUCGCCGCAGGAGAACGGUCACGAGAUACAGAUCCUGCGACGGUAUCGUGGCCCAACAGCCCAGAUAUCAUCAAGGCCGGCAGCCAGUACAAACCAAAGACAGGAGCAGGACACGUCGAGAAGAGGAACGCCUGCAUCAAGACGCCAGGCUGAGCGAGAGACCAACAGGCAGUCUGAGAGGCAUCAACCAUAUAGUGGGAAUCAUGUCGAACCAGAGCCCGUGACUGAUUCACACUCCAUCCAGAGUUCUGACAGUGUUCAGCUGACCGAGGCUCGCCUCAAGGCCGUGCUGUCCGGCAGCCGCGGCGGUUUGGUGAACGAAGGAGUGCUGGAAGUCAAGUACGCCGGGAAAUGGCGUCAUGUGUGCAGUCACGGCUGGGACCUCACCAGCAGCAACGUCGUCUGUGGCAUGCUGGGAUUCUCUUCUGCUGAGGCUUUUGAUCAAAACGCCUACAGGAAACUGUGGGACUCCAAAUUAGCUGAUCCAUCAUCCAGACUGAGGACACAGAUCACUAAGAAGGCCUACUGGGUGGAGAAGGUGCAGUGUCGGGGCGGGGAGGUCUCCUUGGCUCAGUGCCCUGUCCAACUGUCCCUCCGCAGGAGAGAUGGGCCAUGCAGGGGGGGCAUGCACGCCGUUGUACGCUGCGUUCCUGGACCCCAAUUUGCACGUAACGGCCGAGGACGUGCACCACCCACUGUGUCGAACAACGUGCGUCUCAAGGCGGGGCCCCGCGUUGGGGAGGGUCGCGUGGAGGUGCUGAAGGACGGGAAAUGGGGCACCGUUGCAGACCACCUGUGGGACAUCACAGACGCCAACGUGGUUUGCAGAGAGCUGGGCUUCGGAACGGCAAAGGAGGCCUUGACCAGGGCUCAUCUAGGACAGGGUUCUGGUCCCAUCCACAUGAACAGCGUGCAGUGCACGGGCCAUGAGAGGUCUCUUUUAGACUGCUCCUUCAAAGAGGUGCCUCUGUACACCAUCAAGCACAGCCAGGAUGCAGGGGUCCGCUGCAACGUCCCCAACACGGGCACACAGAGCACCGUGAGACUAGCAGGAGGCAGAGACAGAGGCGAGGGCCGAGUGGAGGUGCUGAUGGAUGUCGGAGGAACGAAGCGCUGGGGCUCAAUCUGCAGCGAGAACUGGGGCAUCAACGAGGCCAUGGUGGUGUGUCGACAGCUGGGCUUAGGUUUCGCCUCGAGAGCUCACCAGGAGACUUGGUACUGGACGGGCUCCAGUGACGCCCGUGAUGUGGUUCUGAGUGGAAGUCACUGUGUCGGCUCUGAGAUGUCCAUCCAGCAAUGUCGUAAAAACACACACGUCUACUGUCCAAGAGGUGGCGACGGCAGAGCCGCAGGAGUUACCUGUGUGGAGACGGCUCCUGACCUGGUCGUGGAUGCUCAGCUGGUCCAGGAGACGGCCUACCUGGAGGACAGGCCCUUGCACCUGCUGACAUGUGCCAAUGAGGAGAACUGUCUCUCCUCCUCUGCUGCCAGGAUGCACUGGCCUUACGGACACAGACGCCUGCUGAGAUUUUCCUCUCGUAUCAUGAACUUGGGUCGCGCUGAUUUUCAACCCAAGGCCUCCAGAGAGAACUGGAUUUGGCAUCAGUGUCACAGGCACUACCACAGCAUUGAGGUGUUCACUCACUAUGAUCUGCUGACCCUCAAUGGCACCAGGGUGGCUGAAGGUCACAAAGCCAGCUUCUGUUUGGAGGACACCUAUUGCCCCGAUGGUAUCCAUAAGCGGUAUUCCUGCUACAACAUGGGACAGCAGGGUAUCUCAAUUGGCUGCUGGGAUACAUACCGCCAUGACAUCGACUGCCAGUGGAUUGACAUUACAGAUGUGCGGCCCGGUGAAUAUGUCUUCCAGGUGGAGGUCAACCCAUCCUUGGAUAUGGCUGAGUCCGAUUUCAAGAACAACGUUGUCCGCUGUCGGUGCAAGUAUGAUGGAUCCCGGGUGUACAUGUUUGGAUGCCAUACAGGUGAUGCUUACAGUGCUGAGGCUGAGGACUUGUUUGACCACCAGCGUCAGAUCACCAACAACUUCCUGUGAAUGGAGGGCCACACAAUAUAAGGACAGAAGAACCGUUCAACUCCUCAGCACACCUCAACACCACAGGACAAAGCGGUUGAGAGACAAGGCUAAACAGAGAUGAGGGCGAGAGGGAAAGGAGGGACUUCAUGGAAAUUUUGCUACCCUGUGACUAUCUCUAUCAGAGGCUGUUCACGUCUACAUGAUUAAGGAGAAAUGUGGAGAAGUAGAAACAAAAAAAAGCAGGCAUUAGAUCAUAAAAUGUAGAGUAGUUUAUUUACAUUUUAUAAUCAUUUGAAAUGAAUUCGAUUUUUUUUUUCAAGAUCAUUCUAAAAGACAUGAAUGCACCACAAGGACACAGGUAACAACUGUUUGCUUGCUUUCACUUUCCAAUUGCAAAUGCAUUUUAUUUUACUGUUACACAUGUGUGCUUUUUGGUUUUGAAUGAGAAUCAACUUUUUUUUUUUUUUUUACUCCAUGGUGCUAUUUUGCCUUAUUUGAAUAAAUAUUGUAAUGUAUUGCACAUGUAUUGUCAUGUACAGUUUUAUAUUACCUCUCUGGAAUAAUAUUUGUUAGGUCUCUAAUUUAUGCAGAUUUUAUUGUACUUUUGAGUUGGCAUUGUCCCUGCGUGGUUGUGUUUUGUAUUGUUAAUUUUAUGAUGAGAGAUCAUUUGUUUGUUCUUCAACUGUUCAACAUUGGUGUUAUCCAAUGGGAUCUGGUUGCGCCACAUUAUUGCGCCUUAAACAUUACUUAAAUGGUAGACAAAGAAUAAACAUCAGAAUGACACACUGCAUGGUCAAUUAAGGAAUGGUUAUUUUUCCUGGAGAUUUUCUUAGCAUAAAAUAUAGCUAAAAGGAUCAUUUUGAUUUAGCUGAAUCUGCUGUCAAUAUUUGCCUAUCAAAUGAAGAUACAAAUACCUGUACUAGUACUACUAAAUAGUACUACCUAUAGUCUAUUAAAGUGCAGUUUUUACAAUGCAUUGUGCAAUGAAAUUGCAAUAGCAUUCAAACUCCUUUGUUGCCUUUUGCAACAACAAAAAACAAUUGCUCUUGCCAUCCUCUCCCAGGGAGCCUCAGCUAACCUAUGUAUGUUUAUCUUUCCAACCACCUCUACUUACAAGCCGGGGAGUCUCCCAACAGCCUAUUGUCCCGUGACUGGGAGUUUUUAAAACAUUGCAAUUAUGACAUUCAACAAGUCACAUGACAAAUAACAUUUUGAUGGUGGCAGCUCAAGGAUUUUCCUUGCAUAAUAUAUCAUAUCUUCUCACAAUGUCCAUGUAGAGCGAACCCUACCUUUGUUCAUUCGAGCAGUGAAAUAGUCCACAUGUUAAGAAAAGUUCAAGUCACCCCGCAGCACCCAGGCUAUAAUGCAACAUUGCAAGUGAGAAUGCACAGCCUGCUUUAUUAAUGAGGAUCAGUGUGUUUUUUUUUUAACCAAUGAGUCACAUCAUCCCAAAAGUACACUAAGUGUGCUGAUUCUAAGCGUGCUGUAUUUCUAAAGUCUUUCCAAAGAAAAAAGGUGUUGGCUCCAUUGUUGUGAUCAAACGGAUUAGUUUUCACA